CAAAAGUCGUUUCCAAGGUGAUUGAAAAAAAAAAUGAAACACUAUUUUCUGUGUGACUUAUGUAAAACAUUCUUGGAAGAGAAGACAUCUAUUCUAUAAAAAUGCUGUUGCUUCCUCAACUUAUUUCAAGUAGAUUGAAAAUUAAUGAAACACUCUUCUUUGCUUGGGAUGAGGAAUUACAGAGCUUCACUUCUCUUGGUGAUAAGUCUGAUUAUAGUUUUGAAUGUCUCACGAGCUGAUGCUAAGAGCAAGGUUCAUAUAGUUUAUCUUGGUGAAAAGCAACAUGAUGAUCCAGACUUUGUCACAGAAUCUCAUCACCAAAUUUUGUCGUCAGUUCUUGGCAGUAAAGAGGAUGCACAUGAUUCAAUGGUUCAUAGUUACCGGCAUGGCUUUUCAGGCUUCGCUGCCAAGCUUACCGAGUCACAAGCCAAGAUACUCGCUGAUUCACGUGAAGUUGUUCAUGUCAUACCGGAUAGUUUCUACGAACUUGCGACAACUCGGACUUGGGACUACUUAGGUCUAUCUGUCGCCAAUCCAAAGAAUCUCCUAAAUGAUACAAACAUGGGUGGCCAAGUUAUCAUUGGCUUUAUUGACUCAGGAGUGUGGCCAGAGUCUGAAUCAUUUAACGACAAUGGGGUUGGACCAAUACCUAGCCAUUGGAAAGGAAAGUGUGUACUUGGAGAAAAAUUCAUAGCAACAAACUGCAAUAGAAAGCUAAUAGGAGCUAAGUACUUCAUCAACGGGUUUCUUGCUGAAAACGAAGGAUUCAACUCCACAGAAUCACCUGACUACAUAUCUGCUAGAGACUUUCUUGGCCAUGGGACGCACGUUGCCUCUAUCGCAGGUGGUUUAUUUGUUCCUAACGUAAGCUACAAGGGACUCGCUAGUGGAAACUUAAGGGGUGGUGCACCGCGAGCACGCAUAGCAAUAUACAAGGCUUGUUGGUAUCUGGAACGGCUAGGUACAGUGGCUUGUUCAUCUUCUGACAUCUUGAAAGCAAUGGAUGAAGCUAUCCAUGAUGGUGUUGAUGUUUUGUCACUCUCUCUUGGCGCUCAAGUUCCUCUGUUUCCUAAAACUGAUCUGCGUGAUAGGAUUGCUACUGGAGCGUUCCAUGCAGUGGCAAAGGGCAUCAUAGUUGUUUGUGCAGGUGGGAACUCUGGACCAGCGGCUCAGACUGUUUUAAACACGGCUCCUUGGGUCAUAACAGUUGCUGCAACCACUCUGGACCGGUCUUUUCCAACACCUAUUACACUUGGGAACAACAACAUGAUACUGGGUCAAGCACUAUUCACAGGUCCACAACUUGGCUUCACUAGUUUGGUUUACCCAGAGAAUCCAGUGAGCAGCAAUGAAACCUUUACAGGUGUCUGUGAGCGCCUUAACCUCAACCCAAACGGUACAAUGGCAGGGAAAGUUGUGUUAUGUUUCACAACAACAACACUUUUCACUGCUGUGUCGAGAGCUGCCUCUUAUGUGAAGGCAGACGGUGGUCUUGGCUUGAUCAUAGCAAGAAACCCAGGUUACAAUCUCACUCCAUGUAGAGAUGAUUUUCCCUGUGUAGCCAUUGAUUACGAGCUCGGAACCGAUAUACUUCUCUACAUACGCUCCACUAGAUCACCUGUUGUGAACAUACAACCUUCAAGAACACUCGUAGGACAACCUGUGGGGACAAAAGUGGCAACUUUCUCAUCAAGAGGACCUAACUCGAAUUCUCCAGCAAUUUUAAAGCCUGACAUAGGGGCACCAGGGGUGAGCAUAUUAGGUUCUACAUCUCCAGAUUCGAAAUCCAGUUCCAAAGGAUUUGAUAUUCUUGCGGGAACAUCAAUGGCGGCUCCGGUUAUUUCAGGAGUUGUUGCACUUCUUAAAGCUUUGCAUCCUAAUUGGUCUCCUGCUGCCUUUAGAUCAGCUAUUGUCACUACAGCUUGGAGAACAGAUCCAUUUGGAGAGCAGAUAUUUGCAGAAGGGUCAUCUCGCAAAGUAGCUGAUCCGUUUGAUUACGGUGGAGGCCUAGUGAAUGCAGAGAAAGCUGCAGAUCCAGGUUUUAUAUACGACAUGGGCACAAAAGACUAUAUUCUCUACUUGUGCUCGGCUGGUUACAACGACUCAUCUAUCUCUCAGCUUGUUGGUAAAGUAACAGUCUGUUCAAACCCUAAACCUUCUGUUUUUGAUGUCAAUUUGCCUUCAAUCACGAUUCCAAACCUCAAAGACGAAGUUACUCUCACCAGAACCGUCACUAACGUUGGACCAGUUGAUUCGGUCUACAAAGUCGUUGUCGAGCCUCCGUUUGGGGUUCGAGUGGUUGUGACUCCGGAGACGCUAAGGUUUAACUCUAAAACCAAAAGUGUGUCCUUCAAGGUUCGAGUCUCGACCACACACAAAAUCAACACUGGAUUCUUCUUUGGAAGCUUGAUUUGGACAGACUCUUUGCAUAACGUGACUAUUCCUGUGUCUGUGCGAACACAGAUUCUGCAAAACUACUAUGAUGAGAACUGAUGAAUGAAGGAUCUUUAUGUGUUUGUGCGAAUAAAGCAUUAAUAAUUUCUUUGAGGAUAUUACUUGAGACAAAAAAAAAGAGAAGAAGAAGAAGCAGAGGAUAUUACUUUGUUCUCUAUUCAUUCCCCCUAUAAUUUGAUUUCUUGUUCCCCAAGAAACUUAGCAAUAAGCUACUUUUUUUUGAGAAAUAAUAAACUUUUUUUU